AUGGACUGCACCCACACCACACUGUACAGUCGUGCAAUGUUUGCUACCCAGUCUACCGGCUCACACUCUACGUUCACUGAACAUGACAUCAUCUUCAUUGAGUUGAUAACCUGUCCCCAACCAGAUCAUGUUACCAACGCCCUCCGUCACGGCAACGCAUUCAAAUGGUCGCACAGCGUCGCGUACGAAUGUUUGAACGGUUUCUAUGCCGACGGAGAGACGACGCUGACCUGCACCCAGCACGGCAACUGGUCGGCACUGCCUCCAUCUUGUAUAGCUUACAUGUGCGACACGAACUUCUCCAGUCCGCUCCACGCAACAACGGUCACAUCCCGCGGUUCCUUCAUGCCAAAUAUGGCGCUGUACGAGAGUGACGUCAUUCUGUCGCUGUGCCACAACGGUUACGAGAGUAGCAACGCUCAGUCGUCGGUGUGCCGAGCCAGCCGCUGGGUGCCUGGCUUCAUGCCCGACUGCCAGGAGACGCAGUGCAACGGUUCAGCCCCUCUGGGUGGCAACAACACGCUGAGAACCGGCAGCAGUAACACCUACGGUAGCACACAUUCCUAUACGUGCCUGGCCGGGUAUCGCUGGAGUUGGCCUUUCCCCGUGCUCAACAUUACCUGCCAGCAUGACAUGACCUGGUCGACCAUAGCACCAGACUGUGUUCGAGUUCAGUGUGAAAGCCUGGACGCGAUCAAUAACGGAGUCUGGUUGAAUGCCACUGCGGACCGUGUGUUCGAAGAUACUCUGGUCGGUGUGUGCAGUGUUGGACACGAGCUUGUCUCUGGCAACUUGACCCGGACAUGCAUAGCGGAUGAAACAUGGUCUGGAGCAGAUCCUGUAUGCGUUAGACGUUCAUGCUCCCCCGCCAUUCCGCCACAGAACGGGCGCAUUGACGCUUACGAUGGCAAUCGUUUUGGUGACACUGUGCGGUUCAGCUGUGACGAGGGUUACGAACUGGGCACCAACCAAAGUGGUGUGUUGACGUGCCAAGCCAGUGAACAAUGGAACGGGUCUUUCCCCGCCUGUCAACAAAUCCUGUGCCCAAGUCCACCAACCCCGCUGUAUUCCGGCAUGCAGCCAACAGCUGUGUCAACGACAUCUUCAGCAUCUGGUAUCAUGUACAUCUAUGGUCACGUGUACAGCUAUGUGUGUGAUGUUGGUCACUAUCUGAUUGGUGCAAACAACACUACUUGUUCUCAAACUCACAACUGGACUAAUCCACCACCAAUUUGUCAAGGUGUGCAGUGUGACAUCUCCUCACUGCCUGCUAUUCCUAACGGUGAGCAUAGCAUGGCAAACACCACUAUCAACACCACCACUGCUAGGACGGCAUUGUCGUACAACCAGACAGUCACCUGGUCGUGUGAUGCUGGCUAUCAGCUGUCUACCGUUACCAACGAUGACGACGGCGGCGAUGGCCGCGACGGAGAAGACUGGUCACAGCGUUGCGUACACAGCGUCAAUCAGCCUGGAUACUGGGAUGGCUCAGCACCAAACUGUACACGAGUGGAGUGUCCGGUGUUUGUAAGUGUACCCAAUGGACUGGUUGAACCAGCAUUACCAAGUCCUGCAUUCCAGGACGUUGUCACGGUACGCUGCCUUCCUGGCCACGAGCUCACCGGCGGUGUGGCAAGCUCUAAUUCUACAUGCCAGCCGACGGGAAACUGGUCGCUGGAAACAGCCUCGUGUGCAAUCAUCAACUGUGGAGCCAUUCCGAAUGUUUCCAAUGCCGAUUGGCAAGGGAAUGCAUCCACCUUUGGCAGCAAUAUCAUCUACACCUGUCUACCUGGUUACGAAAUGACGUCUGGGUCGGCCAUGAUUAGUUGCCAGGACGACAAGACAUGGAGUGGUACAGUCCCUACUUGCACGAGAAUAACAUGCAGUCCUGCAGCACUGCCAGCUCAUUCCCUAGUUCAUCCAGCACUGUCUGUGUAUGACUGGGGUGACCAGAUCACCUAUAACUGUGAUACUGGACACCGUCUGAUGGCGGGUGCAACCGCUGGAAGGUGCUCGGACGACGGCCAAUUUAAUAAUGAUCAUCCAGGAUGCCAGGUUGUUCAGUGCCCUCCGAUCACUGCUCAGAACGGCAUACUCUCAUCCAACCAGGGUUCAUACGGUGAUAACAUCACACUGCAAUGCGAUGUAGGUUACCAUGUAACCAGUGGUGUGUACUCUGCAGCGUUCACAUGCUUGGAGAAUGGCACCUACUCCGCUGCAACCUUGCCAGAGUGUGUACCUGUGACGUGCUCUGCCCUCCGCAACCUCACCAACGCAUUCACUUUGGACACUGACGCGUCGUUCAAUGCAGUUAUGCAAUUAACAUGCAACCACGGCUUUGUGGGCGCAAACCGUACACUUCAGAGCACAUUCGGUUGCAACUUCUUGAACGCAUCGAAUGCCACCAUACCGUACGCGUGGGUAGCCCAGGGGCUCGAUAUCCGACAAGAUGGUUGUAGUCCGGUGCAGUGUUUGGUGCCAAGCGUUGCUAACUUUGACUACAUUGCCCACAUGAGCACUGCUACCUAUGGUGAUACUGUUGGAGGGGAUUGUGUCCCUGGUCAUGAGCUAACCGGUGGUGAUGUUGUUCGUAGUUGUGUAGUUGAUGUUAGUAAUAAUGGUGUUGGUAUGUUGACUGGCAAUGUUCCUCCCGGAACUGUGAUCAUCCUGGACACAGUGACUACAUCAGCCGACAUGGAGAUGAACAUUUCUACAAUAGAUCUGUGA